AUGUCUGUAGAUAUUAAUGAACAGAAUCAAGUUCUGAUUGGUAUAUCAUUAUUAGAUACGGUAGUAGUACUGUCUGCUAACACAACCAGUUUAACUAUUGUUGGAAAUUUAAAUCGGUAUCACAGUAAUACAGGUUUUGGUAAAUCCGUAGCUUGGAUUGAUAAUACAACAGUAGCCAUUCUUGUAUACUCUCUUGCAGAAUAUCCGGGAUCAUCAUCUACUGUACAUGUGUGGGAUAUUGAAUCUUCUUUCACCACACCCAUAUUUGCCUUUCCCAACAAUCAACAAUCUUUCGCUUCUACUUCUUAUGUAUCUGUAAGUCCAAGUUUUCUUAUGAUCAGUUCUUGGUCAUCAAAUAUGAUUGUAUUGGCCAGUGACGGUGAAAUAUUGAUCAUCCUAUCUAGUCCACCCGGAUACUAUAGUGGCAGCAAUAUAAGUCUUUUGGGUAUUGUGAAUGUAUUUUCACCAGUCCGCUGUUCAGCAGGAACAUUUAAAAACAGUUCAGGUGUCGCGCCGUGUUUUGUUUGUCCACCAGGAAGCAAAAACCUAGGUGAUUCUGCUAUUGAAUGUGCUUGGUGUCAGACAGCAUCAUUUUGCCCAUUGGGCUCAGUAAACGAUGUCAAUUAUUCCACAAUUGAAACUAUUAGUGAUUCUCGAGCUUAUCCAAACUCACCUGAAAGUACUAUAUUCGAUGAUAUUUUAAUUCAAAAUAUGUUUACCAUUGGUAGUACUAGUCAUUGUAUUGUUGUAAGUCCUCUGUUUUGGACAUCUGUUAUAAUCCUUUUCGCUAUUCUUGUUCUCGUUGUUAUGGCUAUAUUAAAACUGUUUCCGGACAAGAAAAACCACCGGAUAUUCAUCAAAAAAAUAUUUAAACAAUUAGAUCUUGUAGGUGAAGGUGAACUUUGGAUUGGAGGUGUGAUAUCGUUGGGUAUUAUUGUCUUAGUUUCAUUUGCAUACUGGUUUAGUAGUUCUUAUUUGCAACAAUAUCCAAUUGAAACGUCAGGGGAUUCAAUAUUUGCUUGUGAUACUAGUCUACGUAAUGCAAAAUUCAGUACCGGUUUACAAUUGUUAUCCCUCCCAAAGUCAGAUGAGCAACAACCCAUUUUUAAUAUGCUUGACCAACAAGAGUUUACAAUGAGCGUUGACUUUGUUAAUACUUUAUACAGAUAUACCGAUACUACUGUUCAACAAAAUAUUGGUUCUAAUAUUGUUUUAUUGAAUAUUUCUAAUUAUCGAAUACAGGAUAAUGCCACACUUCAUGCUUCAGUUGUUUUACCUUUUCAUCAGAUGAAUGUUCAAUUUAAUCUAACUGGUCCUUAUUCCGUUGGAGGUGUAAGAAUUUGCCUGUCAGGACCAUCGGCCAGUAAUGAUAGUUAUACAGUUCAACAAUUGAAUUUUUGUCAGUUUUUCUAUACAGCUAACCAAACAUUAGCUCAUUCGUCUAGCAUUGAUUUACAACUAACUAAAGUGAUAAAUGAAACAGAUGGAUUGAGUGCAAGUGACAAGACUUUAUAUAGUGGAUUAUGGGUACCAACAUUUACUGUUAAUACAAUAUCAGAUCAACUUUUGUAUAGUCAACAAGGUGAAUACUUACGAUAUUUUUCGACACGAACAACUUUAUUAAUAACUGUUGGUGAAACUCAGUUUUACAUUCAAAAUACUCAGAGUCCGAUUGCCAAGCAGACUGAGAUUGUCUUUCAUAAUUUGUUGUUUACAAUCGUAUGUCUUGAAAUAUUUGGGCUGAUAUUUUUGGUUAUUAAACUUCUGUUUGUUCCACUUUUUAUGAGACUUUUCCUUGAAAUUCAACGUAAGUAUAAUCGAAUACUAAUUCUUGAUACGGAUAAGGCUAAAACAGAGAAAGAAGGUACGCUUGAAGCUAAUAAAAUAACUUCCAAACCGAGUGGCCAGUCAAUAUAA